AGACAAGAUUCCAAGUCCAAGUCACUGUCCAGCCCGAAGGUCUCCCGUAAAUACUUCACCAAUUGGCGUCAGGCAUGUGACAAGACGAAGGAUAAGACCAAAGAACUGCUGAAGCGCUGGAGGACACUGCCAGAGUCUGAGGGAGCUGAAUCUCCGAUGCAGGCCCCAGGGAACAGCGAGGACGAUAAGCAUCGAGGGUGGAGUGUCCACGUUUGGACAACAUGGGUGAACCGGUGCAGCGAAGACUUGGAAUGCCUGGACUUGGAAGACGAGCAGCCCCUUGCCCAGCUCAGUUCCAUGCAAACAGACAAGAUGACCCUCUUCUUCACCGAGUUACUGGACCACGACCGAGAUGACGUUAUCAUAGACACAGACUUCGACCAAUUCUUCGAGCGGUUGGCGCAUUUUGCGGACUGGUCGCCUAACUCAUCCGAGUUCCACAUACUGCUUGAAGUAAAGCGUGAAUUUAUAGACCACUUCAUCAAUCCGUUACCAGCCAAAUGGGGUGAUCUGCCGUAUUAUAGAAAGGUGUGUGGCCCCGAAGCGAGCGGGAUCAACAUGCCAGGCAGGACCACUCUGGACGGCUGGCUGGCUCGGUGGGCGCUACACCUCAGUGAGAUGAAACGGUUCACAGACCUCCCUCUGUAUCUGCAGUACCUCUGCAAGAUACUUUUCCACGUGAUUGAUAGGACAAAUACAGGUGCUAUAACCAAACCAGCGCUGGGCGCCUUUUACCGGUCGGUGAUCGGGCUGAAUGCGGCGCGAGUUGACGAGAUUAUAGACACGGCAUACGAUCGCAUGACUAGCAAUGGUUACUUAAUACUGGACUACGGGACUUACGUACACUGCUUCACAAACUGGCUGAUGGGCAAGAACCCCAAUGGGCCAGGCCAGUGGGUCCUAGUUCCUCCAAAGGACUCACUGCCUCAGCCUCCGUUCCCCGUUGACUACAGCGCCCUCAACACGGAGCCUGCGAAGCUAGAACCCUAUGCACCAGACAAGAAGACAAACAGACAUUCAGUCAUCGUCUGAAGACUAAGAAUAUUUGCCCUAAAAAGUCAAUUCUACACGUGUUCCAAUUUUGGUAUAUUGUGGAACACUCGACUGCGUACUAGAUCUAAAAAUUGAUCUGAUGUGUCCUCAGCAUCGUUCGUAGAUUGAGAAGACCUGCCAUUGUGAAAGUAGUUCUGUCAAAAACCUAGGAAUUGAUGCACUACGCUUUUUGUAAAGGACUAUAAAUGUGUAAAUCCCAUUCCGGUCAACUGAACAGUGAACAUUGUACCUAUAAUGCUAGACUAAUGUAAAUUAGAUUUCUCGUCUAACGAUAAACAAUAUGCAGUAGGUACAGUACUUAUCCUGGACCGAUAACAAUGUAUAAACCUAAUCCUAAUGGAAAUUGAUGUGUGCAAUUAUCUACCUAAUUAGAUUACACCUUCGUAUGUUUUAUUGGAUGAUUUUGCGAAGACUUUUAGCUAAAUUACGUUCAGAUAAGCCCUUAUUUGUACGGCUUUUUGAUAUAGGACUAAGUUACUAGAAUUCUUCGUAAAAU